AUGAAUUCGUUAGAAUCAAGAAAAAGAAAAGCAGAUUCAAUAUCACGGGUUCAAAGCAAGAUGUUACGAGUCGAUGCUGAGCAUUAUUAUGAUGCUGGCCAAAUCAGUACAAGUAGUGAAAAUAACCGUCCAAUUCUUGAAGAAACAAUGGUUGCAGAUAAAUACUAUGAAAUCGAUAAUAAUGUUGCCACGAACUUGCAGCAUCCUAGUGGGGACUUCCUUCAAUAUUCUGCUAAUAGUAGUGAAGUCAUAGAUGACACAGAUGAAGAAUAUUAUAGUGAGAACUUGAACACAUUUUUUAAUAUUGGACAAAAAAGCAAAGUAAAUAUUAAACGAAAUGAAAAAGUUUCCAAAAGAGAGCUAAAAAAAUAUUUACGAUCCGUUAAGUUUGAUCAAAAUUCUGUGGUUUCCACUAAUAAUAGUAUAAUAUUAUUAUCAUCACCGCUUACAUGUCAAAACCGAAAAGCACAACAAUUUAACUCUCAGGCUACACCUGUUGACGAGGUACAUAUCGUUGACGAUAUCCAAGACAUGCCUUCGGAUGUUGUCUUUGCAUCUGCACCAGAAAUAAAGAAGACCGCUCAGACUGCUUCUGUUGACGAGAUACUUACCGCUGACGUUGUCCAAGACAUGCUUUCGGAUGCUGUCUUUGCACCCGCACCUGAAAAGGAGAAGAUUUCUCAGACUAUUCCUAUUGACGAGGUACUUACCGCUGACUUUGUCCAGGGCGUGCCUUCAGAUGUUGUCUUUGCACCCGCACCUAAAAUAGAGAAAUUCUCUCAAAAUACUCCUGUUGCCGAGGUACUUACCGCUGACGUUGUUCAGGGCGUGCCUUCAGAUGUUGUCUUUGCACUCGCACCUGAAAUAGAGAAAUUCUCUCAAAAUACUCCUGUUGCCGAGGUACUUACCGCUGACGUUGUCCAGGGCGUGCCUUCAGAUGUUGUCUUUACACCCGCACCUGAAAUAGAGAAAAUUGCUCAGACUUCUCCUGUUGACGAGGUACUUACGGCUGACGUUGUCCAGGGCGUGCCUUCAGAUGUUGUCUUUGCACCCACACCUGAAAUUGAGAAAAUUGCUCAGACUUCUCCUGUUGACGAGGUACUUACUGCUGACGUUGUCCAGGGCGUGCCAUCAGAUGUUGUCUUUUCACCUGCACCUGAAAUAGAAAAGACCGCUCAAACUACUCCAUCUGACGUUAUAAGUAUACAAAAGGGUUCUCCUUCAAUCAUUACUUUUGAUACAUCGUUUUUUGAUUCAAUAACUGACACCAGUGAUCUCGAUAUGAAUUCUAAACAAUCAAUACGUAGUAAGAAAUUUCGUAAUAAGAUUUUAAAAUCCUACGUUGAUUAUCUUUCUGACAAUGAAGACUUUUCAGCAGGUAGUUCUGAUCUUUGA